CGUUCAUGAUUGGCCAAUGCCACAACCUCCUCUGCUCCACGACAGCUUCCCCCCACAGCUUCAGCGUCUCCCUGCGCAGGUACGGAAUACCAACAUACAAGCACACAACAACAGGCGAUCGAAAGAGAAAGCCGCCAUGAAGUACCUCCACGCCACCAAUGCGCUGCUGCUGCGCAGCCCGAGCAGCGCGCUCCUCUCACGCUCCUCGCCGCCGUCAUCAUCAGCCGCCGCGACGCUGGCCAUCAUCUCCGCGUGCCGGGCGCUAUCCUCCUCCACCUCUGCGUCCGCAUACAGCAGCUACAGUAGCACCAACAAACCCGCCGCCUUCGCAGCUCGACGACCCUUUUCGCACACGGCGCGCGCGCACGCUAAGAAGGGGUCGAAGCGUGGAGGGAGAGGCGGCGACGACGCCGAACUAGCAGCAGUAGCAGCGGGUGGUGGUGGGAAAGGGAAAAAAGACAAGAAGAGCAGCAGCAGCGGUAGCGACACAGCCGGGGACGCCGACCGGCCGUUGCCCAACGGCGAGGACCCGUUCAACCUCGCCGACGUGACGUACGCGUUCGACAAGGCCGAGCGGCACCACGGCGAGGAGCUGAAGCGCAUGCGCACGGGCGGCGGCAAGUUCAACGCCGAGGUGAUUGGCGCGCUGCCAGUGCAG